GAAAAGCUAGCUGUGCAGGAAACUAAAAACAAUCUUGGGCAUGUUCACAGGCCUUAUCAAAGAAGAGUCUUAUAUGAGAUCAAAUGGCUGCCUUUCCCCACAAGAUUAUAUUUUUCCUGGUAUGCUCUACUUUGACACAUGUGGCUUUCUCAGGAAUUUUCAAAAAACGUGACUUCACUAGGUGGCCUAAGCCCCGAUGUAAAAUGUAUAUCCCACUGGACCCUGAUUACAAUGCAGACUGCCCCAAUGUGACAGCACCUGUUUGUGCCUCAAAUGGCCACACUUUCCAGAAUGAGUGUUUCUUUUGUGUUGAACAGAGGGAAUUUCAUUAUCAUAUAAAAUUUGAAAAAUAUGGAAAAUGUGAUUAA